AUGGCCGAGUCAAUGAAUCCAUUUGAAAAUACGUUAGUGGUAUGCAGUAUAUGCAAUCUGGAAAAAGUUGAAAAAUCAUUCGAAAUAGUUACCCAAAAUUGCAUACACGCAAAUAUCACAUGUACAGCUUGCGUAACAAAGCACCUUAAAGUCCAAUCCAAUUACGGUGAAACCAUGAUAAAAUGCCCCAAUUGCGAAAGCAUAUUUCAGAAAUUAGAUAUAAAACGAUUUGUUUCGGAAGAGGAUUUUAAUAAAUACAUUGCUGCGUUCGCGAAAAGUGAUGAUUUCCAUUAUUGCUUACAUUUAAGAUGCGGCUCUGGUCAGAAGCAUUUUGCCAUGGAAUCAUCGAUUAUGACAUGCGAUAAAUGCUCCGGAAAAACAUGCCUAAAACAUGGUCGCCCAUUAAAACAAGACUUCGAUUGCAGAUUUUGUGAACUUGAUCGAAUUUCCGAUUCAAAAAUAAAGUAUCUUCUUAGACUUGUCAAAAGAGUCUUUUCAAUGAAUCCGGAAACGCCAGAAGAACAAGCAGAACGCAAAGAAAUAGCCCGGCUAAGGAAUUUGAAGAAAGCAGAUAAAAAAUCUAAAAGAUUUAUUUCUCGAAACACAAAAGCUUGCCCAAGCUGUGGCGUCCGAAUUCAAAAAUGGGGUGGUUGUAAUCGUAUACGUUGUUGGUCGUGUCAUAAUCACUUUUUUUGGAAACGAUAUAAGAAUAGGAGCGACAAUAAACCGCUUGAUCAUUGA